AUGACUGCGACCAUCAAGAACAUGGACACCGAGAACAUGGAAGACGAGAACAUGGAACCCAAGAACACACAAGUGUUCGUAAGCAUGGAUCAGCCCCGCUAA